CUUACCUCCUGGAUGUUAGGAACUAUUUGUGGUCGGCGUGGUGGAAGGACACAGUGAGGUUCUCACCUCCGCCCCCCGCCCGUCGCUCGCAUCCCCAGUUCCAUCAAAGCCAACCCGGGCCAGCGCAGGGAUCUCCGAGUUGCGAGUGUGCUGAGGCUGGGACUGUCACUCAUUCUCCGCUCAGCGCGUGAACGCAGCUCGGCAGUGGCUGGCAAGAAACAAUUCUGCAAAAAUAAUCAUACCCAGCCUGGCAAUUGUCUGCUCCUCGGUCCAUUGCUCCGCCGCCGUCCACAGUCGCUUGCAAGGGAAGGCACUGAAUUUACCGCGGCCAGAACAUCCCUCCCAGCCGGCAGUUUACAAUGCUGCAAACUAAGGAUCUCAUCUGGACUUUGUUUUUCCUGGGAACUGCAGUUUCCCUGCAGGUAGAUAUUGUUCCCAGCCAAGGAGAAAUCAGCGUUGGAGAGUCCAAAUUCUUCCUGUGUCAAGUGGCAGGAGAUGCCAAAGAUAAGGACAUCUCCUGGUUCUCUCCCAACGGGGAGAAACUGAGCCCAAACCAGCAGCGGAUCUCAGUGGUGUGGAACGAUGAUGACUCCUCUACCCUCACCAUCUACAACGCCAACAUUGAUGAUGCCGGCAUUUACAAGUGCGUGGUCACCGCUGAAGACGGCACCCAGUCCGAGGCCACUGUCAAUGUGAAGAUCUUCCAGAAGCUCAUGUUCAAGAAUGCACCAACCCCACAGGAAUUUAAGGAAGGGGAAGAUGCUGUAAUUGUCUGUGAUGUGGUCAGCUCUCUGCCCCCAACCAUCAUCUGGAAACACAAAGGCCGAGAUGUCAUCCUGAAAAAAGAUGUCCGGUUCAUAGUCCUAUCCAACAACUACCUGCAGAUCCGAGGCAUCAAGAAAACAGAUGAGGGCACUUACCGCUGUGAAGGCAGGAUCCUGGCCCGGGGAGAGAUCAACUUCAAGGACAUUCAGGUCAUUGUGAAUGUACCACCCACUGUCCAGGCCAGACAGAGCAUCGUGAAUGCCACUGCCAACCUGGGCCAGUCUGUCACCCUGGUGUGUGAUGCUGAUGGCUUCCCAGAGCCCACCAUGAGCUGGACAAAGGAUGGGGAACCCAUAGAGAAUGAGGAGGAAGAUGACGAGAAGCACAUCUUCAGUGACGACAGUUCGGAGCUGACCAUCAGGAAUGUGGACAAAAAUGACGAAGCCGAAUACGUCUGCAUCGCUGAGAACAAGGCUGGCGAGCAGGACGCCUCCAUCCACCUCAAGGUCUUCGCAAAGCCCAAAAUCACCUAUGUAGAGAAUCAGACAGCCAUGGAACUAGAGGAGCAAGUCACUCUGACAUGUGAAGCCUCCGGAGACCCCAUUCCUUCCAUCACCUGGAGAACGUCCACCCGAAACAUCAGCAGUGAAGAAAAGACUCUGGAUGGGCACAUGGUGGUACGCAGCCAUGCUCGUGUGUCCUCCCUGACCCUGAAGAGCGUCCAGUACACAGAUGCUGGAGAAUACAUCUGCACUGCCAGCAACACCAUCGGCCAGGACUCCCAGUCCAUGUACCUUGAAGUUCAAUAUGCUCCCAAGCUCCAGGGCCCUGUAGCUGUGUACACUUGGGAAGGGAACCAGGUGAACAUCACCUGUGAGGUCUUUGCCUACCCAAGUGCCACAAUCUCCUGGUUCCGAGAUGGCCAGUUGCUGCCAAGCUCCAACUACAGCAACAUCAAGAUCUACAACACCCCAUCUGCGAGCUAUCUGGAGGUAACCCCUGAUUCAGAAAAUGACUUUGGAAACUACAACUGCACAGCGGUGAACCGUAUUGGACAGGAGUCCUUGGAAUUCAUCCUGGUUCAAGCAGAUACACCGUCUUCCCCAUCCAUCGACCGGGUGGAACCAUACUCCAGCACAGCACAGGUACAAUUUGAUGAACCAGAAGCCACAGGUGGAGUUCCCAUCCUCAAAUACAAGGCUGAGUGGAAGUCGCUGGGUGAAGAAGCAUGGCAUUCCAAGUGGUAUGACGCCAAGGAAGCCAACAUGGAAGGUAUUGUCACCAUCAUGGGCCUGAAGCCUGAGACAAGAUACGCGGUACGACUGGCGGCCCUCAACGGCAAGGGGCUGGGCGAGAUCAGUGCAGCCACUGAGUUCAAGACACAGCCAGUCCGGGAACCCAGCGCACCCAAGCUGGAAGGGCAGAUGGGAGAGGACGGGAACUCCAUCAAGGUGAACCUGAUCAAGCAGGAUGACGGCGGCUCCCCCAUCAGACACUAUCUGGUCAAGUACAGAGCGCUCGCCUCCGAGUGGAAACCAGAGAUCAGGCUCCCAUCCGGCAGUGACCACGUCAUGCUCAAGUCCCUAGACUGGAACGCCGAGUACGAAGUAUAUGUGGUAGCCGAGAACCAGCAAGGAAAGUCCAAGGCAGCUCACUUCGUGUUCAGGACUUCAGCCCAGCCCACGGCCAUCCCAGCCAAUGGCAGCCCCACCGCAGGCCUGAGCACAGGCGCCAUUGUGGGCAUCCUCAUUGUCAUUUUCGUCCUACUCCUGGUGGUCAUGGACAUCACCUGCUACUUCCUGAACAAGUGUGGCCUGCUCAUGUGCAUCGCUGUUAACCUGUGCGGCAAAGCGGGGCCCGGAGCCAAGGGCAAAGACAUGGAGGAGGGCAAGGCUGCUUUCUCGAAAGAUGAGUCUAAAGAACCCAUUGUAGAGGUCCGAACGGAGGAGGAACGGACUCCAAACCAUGACGGAGGGAAGCACACAGAGCCCAACGAGACCACACCACUGACAGAGCCCGAGCUGCCUGCCGACACCACAGCCACUGUCGAGGACAUGCUGCCUUCUGUCACCACCGUCACCACUAACUCUGACACUAUCACCGAAACCUUUGCCACUGCUCAGAACAGCCCUACCAGUGAGACCACCACACUGACCUCCAGUAUUGCCCCACCGGCCACAACCGUGCCAGAGUCAAAUUCUGUGCCCGCUGGUCAGGCCACCCCUUCCAAGGGUGUCACUGCUUCAUCCUCCUCGCCCCCAGCCUCAGCCCCAAAAGUUGCCCCUCUUGUUGACCUGAGUGAUACCCCAACCUCAGCUCCCUCUGCUAGCAAUCUGUCCUCCACUGUCCUGGCUAACCAAGGAGCUGUACUCAGUCCUAGCACGCCUGCCAGUGCGGGAGAGACCGCCAAGGUCCCUGCAACCAGUAAGCCCUCCCCCACUCCCACCCCCACUCCAGCCGGGGCAGCCAGCCCCUUAGCAGCAGUAGCCGCCCCUGCCACAGAAGCCCCCCAGGCCAAGCAGGAAGCCCCCAGCACCAAAGGUCUGGACCCAGAGCCCACCCAGCCUGGCACCGUGAAGAACCCACCUGAGGCAGCCACAGCCCCUGCUAGCCCGAAGAGCAAGGCUCCCUCCGUCAGCACCACAAACCCUUCCCAGGGCGAGGACUUAAAAAUGGACGAAGGGAACUUCAAGACCCCAGAUAUUGACCUUGCAAAGGAUGUUUUUGCAGCCCUGGGCUCUCCUGCUCCCGCCACUGGGGCCAGUGGACAAGCCUCUGAGCUUGCUCCUUCCACUGCAGACAGCGCUGUGCCUCCCGCACCAGCAAAGACCGAGAAGGGUCCUGUAGAAACAAAGUCCGAGCCCCAGGAGUCAGAAGCAAAGCCAGCGCCAACUGAAGUCAAGACCGUCCCCAAUGAAGCCACACAAACGAAAGAGAAUGAGAGUAAAGCAUGAUGGGUACCAGCAAAAAGCAAAGAUCAAAAUAACAAAUUGACACAGCGGCUUCACCAGAGCAUCCCCAAAUAACCCCCCCCUCUCUUUCUCACACACACACACACACACACACACACACACACACACACACACACACACACUCACUCCUCUAGUGUCUUUUGCCUUUUAAAAAAACAACAAAAACCAGAUAAACAUGGGAUUGCCUUUUUGUAGGUUUCUAGAAAGGGCUCCUUUGUUGCACACUCACUUGUUAAGAAAAAAAAGAGACAAAAAGGUUAAACCCACAGCCAAACUAGGACACUCCGUUCCCUGAAACCAUUUAAAAAUCAAACAAAAGGGCCCCAAAUUAAGAAUCUAGGAAGCUCAGACUGAAGAGAGAAAAAAAAAGAAAAAAAGAAAAAGAAAAAAAUCUAGGCUCGCUCGGGAAGGUUGCAAUUGGUGUUACUGGAUUGGCACAGAUCAGUUUCAGAAAAAUGCUUCCAAGAUCUUAGACUAACCGAGUGAACCAAGUCCACAGUUUAUUUUUAUACUUUCAGUCAAGUUGGGACUCUGUAGACCUCACAAAUAAGUUAUACUUUCCGUUCACUUUGUAUUUGUUCCGUAUGCAAAGUGUGGCACUCUAGCUAGCUGCGUUCAGUUCCCAUGUAGACUCCUGUUUCUUAGGAAGAAUGCCAAAAUCGCAGCUUAUUCGAUUUCUCUCUCGCUUUUGGUUUCUCCUCCACUGUUUCUUUCCUUUUCUUCCUCUUUUCCAAGUUUGCUUUCCAGUGUUUACAAGUUGACAGACGUUUGACCUUGGUUGUGUUUAAUGUCCGUGUAAAAUAGCUGCCCCCCCAACCCUUGUUUUUUUCUUUAAGCAACAGGUACCCCAUAGAGGCAGGUAGAACCCUCCCAGGUUGUUUUCAGUGUGGGUGAAGGUUACAAAGGAUGAUUGUUUACAGUGGCUCUAUCCCCCCCCCUACCCCCCCGUCCCCACCAUCCCCCACCCGACCCCUGCUGAUUCUGAUUCAAUGCAGUUUUUACCUGUGUCAAACUGGGGUGAAAGCCUCUCCUUCUGAACUGAUUUUGCCUUCCCCUCCCCCCCUCCUGUUUAUUUCUGUUGCUGUUUCUUGGGGGGUGGGGAAUGGGGGAUGUUAGACCACUUUCAGAUUAGCUGCCACCUGCCUGUGUCUGUGACACUGGACCUGCCUCCCAGGUGUCUGCACACCCUUCCUCUGAAGGACUCCUUUGGCUUUGUUGAAUGAAGCAGAGAAGAUUGUAUAGUUGGGGCUGGUCUUGGUGAACACACUUUUCUUUUUUUUUUUCUUUUUUCUUUUCUUUUUCUACCCCAGGCACCCCCUUUUUGUAGAAAGCCAAAUAAAAAUAUAUACAUACCAUUUCCUUUAGAGCCCAGAAUCUAGAUUUGAGCGGAAGAGCGCGUGUGCUUCAGGGAAGUAGUGUCUCCUUUUGGAAAUCUAUUGAAGUAAAGUGACAUCGGCCUUCUGUUCAGUUAGGCAACAUUUGUAAAAAACAAAAACAAAACAAAAUAAAUAUCGUCUGGAGUUAAAAUACAGCUCUCCUGGAUCGGAAACCAAGUGGGGGGGAAAAUACAGAAACUUUCAGGGGGAUGGGAGGGGGGGAGAAGGGAAAAGCCAGCUCUUUGUAUAGAAGUUUUGCUUUUGUUUUUCAUUCUGCUUUAGAACCGCAAGCUUGUGCACUGUGGAUGCGUGAAUAUUUUAGUGUGAAACGUGUUUUUGUCAUAGUAUUGAAAUAAAACUUCAACAUAGUUUGGUUGUGGAAGGUAUAGCAGAUAGUUCAGAAAAAAAAUAAAAAAAAAAAAACAAACAACUAUUCAGGAAACAAAACAAACAAAUCCCAAAAGGAAACCGGAAUCAAAGCCUUUCAAUAGGCAAUAAAACACAGUGAUGCUGAUGAAGAGGCCACCAAGCCAACUGAUGUCCCCCAAGACAGAGUGUUCCUUUCCCAAAUACGAAGUGACAAGAGGUUUGGAUGGCCAGACGUCCCCGUGUUCACUCUGUGGGCCACACACCCCAGUGUUCUGACACUUCUGCAGUGUGACCAGUGGUGAUACUAGAUUAUAAUUUCAAACUGUGAAAAAUAAUGGUCUUGUCAUUUGCUCAGUGUGGGGUUAUUUUGCAUUUUCUCAGCUCCCGGGGAUGGAAAUGGAGGAUCCCAGAACACUCAGCCGGGCACCUUUCAUUCCAGGGCCCACACAGAUCCACAGUCCACAUGCACUGGUCUUCAGGAAGAGCUGACAGGUAGACAACUCUGAGGGCACAUAGCAGAAUGGGAGCGGUGGCUAGCACCACCUUGUGGUGUGGGCAGACUCCCCAGGCCACAGCCUGUCCUGGGAAAUCUCUUUCCCAUAUUAUGAAGUCGGUGGCUUGACCCACUAGGCCAAGGGCACACUGUACCUCCUGGAAAUGGUGUAUUUCACUUUGUGGUUGGACAAAUUGAGCUCAACACUGACGAUAGGAAAAGACAGAGGUAUGGCCAACCCCAAAAUUACGUGGCCCAGAGUAGCUGACUUCCAGAACACUGGCCCUACCAUUUGCUGGAAUCCAAGACUGCCCACACUUUGAUAUGCCUCUCUCCUUGUUCAUAUGUUUGUCUCGGGCAUGCACGGGUUUUCUUUUCUUCCUUUUUCUUCUUCUUUUUUUCAUAGCAGUAUUCUCUCUAAAAAUCAAAGAGGGAGACAGUGUAUUUCUCACCUGUUCUUUUAUGUGAAGAAAUAAGCACUUAGUUUUCUGUUGGGUUUUUGUUGUUGUUUUUUGUUUUCUGUUUUUGUUUUGUUUGUUUGUUUGUUUUGGUUUUUGGAACGAGGGACGGACUCCACCAAUGUUAGUGUCGGUGUGUCCUGUCUAUGUGGCAUACAUUUUAUCACAUAAAGACCAGCAUGGCCAAGUUCUGUGGGAAGGCUACCCAGGUGCCAUGAGUGGGGUCUCCCACUACUGAAGGGCCAAGGUGUAUCCAACAGGAUUCUAUGUUCUCAUUUUCUAUGGAACCUCCCACAUCCCAGGGUCUCACCCUCAGCUGUCCGUCUGGAUGGUGGUGAUCUCACCUCCAUUAACAUUCUUACCCAGCAUUCUGUACUUCGGGGGCCUUCUCUCUUGUUAUAAAACUUUUUACUGAGUGAAACAUCAACACCACCUUUGUUUCCAUUCCCACUGCUGUAAAUACUGAGUACUAACUGAGAAUUUUGACUUUGCAUUCUGUCAGAAUACUUGUGUUCAAUAAAAAUUGAAAGAAAAAAAAGCAAUUAUGGUCCAACUGGGAAUUCUUUCUGUUCAGUGAGAGUAGCGUGCAAAUAAAUAUAGGUAUGCCCGUG